AUGGAUAAGUGCUGUAAAUGUGGUGGAAGUAUCACAAAUGAACAACCAGGUUGUACAGCAAUUGGUGAAAUGUUUCAUACAAAAUGUUUCACAUGCAAGGAAUGUGAUAAACAACUUGCUGGUGGCUCAUUUUAUAAUGUCGACGGUUGUCCACUUUGUGAGGAUGAUUAUAUGAAAUCAUUAGAGAAAUGUAACAGUUGCGGUAAACCAAUUACGGAAAAGUUGUUACGUGCAACCGGAGGUGCAUAUCAUCCGGAUUGCUUUGUUUGCACCGUUUGCAAAAAAUGCUUAGAUGGAGUUCCAUUUACCGUUGAUUCAACUAAUAAAGUACAUUGUGUCGUAUGUUUCCAUGAAAAAUUUGCUCCUCGAUGUGCGGUAUGCUCGAAACCAAUUAUACCUGAGGAAGGUCAAGAAGAAUCGGUACGAGUUGUUGCGAUGGAUAAAAGUUUUCAUGUUAAUUGUUAUCGAUGCGAAGAUUGUAACAUGCAAUUAAGUUCAAAAAUUGAAGGACAAGGAUGCUAUCCAUUGGAUCAACAUUUGUACUGCAAAAAUUGCAAUGGUAAACGAUUGGUUGCAUUAUCAAAAGCAACUUAA